CAAUCUGUGCCUGUCUCAACCCUACGUCUUUAAACUCUACAUCCUAUUGCUGAACUUCGUCUUUGCUGUCUCAGGAUCAAGGCAAUCUCACAUGUACCCUCUGCACAUCAAAUCUACUACGCCCGGCUCUACUUUCCCCGCACCUCGCCAUGACGCAUAUAUCGGAUCAGACCCUUAAUUCGCCUCGAAAGCCUCGCAAUCGUAGACGAUCGCGAUCUAAAACGAUAUAUAGCUACCUAAAAUCCUUCAUAGUCUAUGUACUACCUCGAAGGACGCCACUCUAUCGGCAUUUGCCGUAUGGAGACUCCAUCAGACUCCUCAGGAUACAUCCAGGAAAUCCAGGACAAGAUAUCAGAUGUAGCCUUGAAUUAGCGAGGUUGGACAAGACGCUUCCAUCCUAUGAAGCGUUGUCGUACGUUUGGGGAUCGAUGGAGGAUACAAAGUCCAUCACUUGCAACGGACAUAGGGUGGACGGGGUGCGGAAGAACCUCUUCGAGGCUCUCGAACGCCUGAGAUACCCACAGCAGUCAAGAUUGAUCUGGGUCGAUGGGCUAUGUAUUCAUCAGAAAGAUCUAGGAGAGAUGGCAACUCAAGUCCGACAUAUGCACCAUAUUUACGAGGGAGCAAAGCAAGUCCUUGUCUGGCUUGGGACGGACGAGUGGGACGAAGCACAUUGGUGCUUUGCUAUCCUGUGCGCGGUUACGAAUGCGCGGCGGAGUGAGGGAGCGGAACUUGCGACGUUCAAGACGUUGGAUGACGAGUACGGAGUCAUGAACAUUUACUCUCCACCCCCAAUAGAAUCAGACGAGUGGAUGAACGUAGCGGCGCUAUUUGAUAACAAUUGGUUCGUCCGUAUGUGGGUUAUCCAAGAGAUCGUCCUCGCCAAAAGCGCAACGUUCAUCUGGGGGUCUGCGGAGAUUGAUUGGCAAAUUAUCGGGGAAGCAAUCCAAACUAUAAGACUGGCAAACAAUCGAUACUUGAAUAAUAAUCUCUCGAAUAGACAUUGGCAAAAUGCAGUCUUCAUGGAUCAUCUCUGUCGUCUACAACAAGAUAAGCAACGGAAGGAGGAGGAGCCUUUCUUGCAUCUCUUAGAUUGGACCAGGUCGUUCGACGUCACAAACCCAAGGGAUAAAGUGUAUGGACUAUUAGGAUUUCCGACUAGAGAUGCGGAUAUCGAGAAUGCGAAUAUCGAGACUAGAGUGUUCAUAAACCCAGAUUACUCGCUUCCCGUAGCGCAAAUAUACACCGAUGUAGUAAGGAUAAUUAUAGGGAGGUAUCAGGAUAUCGACGUUCUCUCGUACGUCCAUCCUCCUCCGGGGGUAGUUUACUGUCCAGAUGGGAUCGACAAAAAUAGACUAUUUCACCAUGUCCCCGAACACCUCCUCCCAACUUGGACGACGCUUCCGGGAGACCUGCUUCAUCUGCAGUGGCCAUCACAAUAUCCACCUCAUGAAAAACUACCAUCUUGGGUACCGGAUUGGAACAGUGGAGUUGUCACCCAUCCAUUCACAGGAUAUGUCAAGAGCAAUCAAUAUACAGCGGGGAAAUGCAAAUCCCUAGAGUUGCUGCCCACCCCGAGUCCCAGUAUCCUAUGCCUCAAAGGGGUUAUCGUUGACGUAAUCUCUCAAACACUCCCGCCUACCCCCUUCACAAAUAUUACCGACUCGGAAAGCAGCCUUCUGCGACUUGUUCAAUGGUGCAUCAAUACAGGCUCUCCACUCCACACUGUCGCCUCAACACUUACUGCGGGCCGUGGUUCGAAUGGCCACCUCGUUGCUGAUACCGACCAGCAUAUAGCCGACUUCUUCGCCCUCCUCACAAAGCUGGACGAACACUGGCUCGAGAAUAACCAACUAGGCGAGGCUCUCAGUUGCUCUAAAUCGUCAUCGAAAAGGGGGGAUCCAGACAAAAUGCAGGAGACUAUUUGGAAAUUCAACUACUACCGAUCUGCGUUUACGACGCAGCUCGGGAAACUGGGACUCGGACCUGGUGCCAUGAAGGCUGGGGAUUUAGUGGUUGUGCUUUGGGGAGGCCAGGUUCCGUUUGUACUGAGAGAGGAGAACGGAGGCGCUUGGUAUCAAUGUGUUGGGGAGAGCUAUGUUGAUGGAUUUAUGAAAGGGGAGGUCGCGGGGAAAUUGGAAGGAGCAGAAGCAUAUGUGGAAAGGGUAUUUGAGUUGCGGUAGGGUAGGUCACAAGCUUUCUUUCUUAAACGCUGCAAGGCCAGGACUCUUGGUUAUCGUAAAAUCUGCCUAUACUCAAGAUGUGAUCUACGGGCAACUUCAAUUCAGAAGCCAUCAAAGAGAAAUUUACAGCAGGUCAAUCGGAUACUGAGACAAACCAAGGACGAAUAACAGAAGGGAUAGUCUGCAAUUCCCCUAUUAGGUGUAAGAUUUG